AUGCUACGGGAGUUAAUGCAGGAGAUAAGAGAUCUGCGCGGUGAACUGAGCAAAACAAGAACUGAGAUUGCGGACUGCAGGAGGGAGAUUCUCGACUUCAAAGCAGAGCUGCAUUCAUGCAGCGCACAUUUAACUGCCUUAGAAGAAAGAGUGUCUACACUGGAGACGAGCUGCGAACUAUGCAUAAAGCUGGAGGACCGGGACGUCGUAUUCGCGGAGCGGAUGGGCCUCUCGCGGCGCAACCGCGCCGCUGAGGACGUGGCCGCUUCGCCGCGCCCACGCACCACCGUCGUCAGGCUGGCGCGACGACAUGCUGCGUGCUCCGACAUCAGCAUGCUGGGGGAGCCACGCAGGUUCUUCGUCAACGAGCGCCUCACGCGGCUGAAACGACAGCUGCUUGCUUUGGCAUGGCACGUGAAGCGGCAUCACGCGCCCAGUGGAAAUAUGUUUGGACGAGAAAUGGAACGUAUGACGCAAAGAAUGACCGCAUCCCGUCCUAAUCUCAUGACCUAUAGUGCCAUACGCGGCGGCAGCCUACAUAAAGAGAGGCCGUGUAGAUCUCAUAUUACCUUCAAUCCUGAAGAAACAGUUAAAGCACUCAAACUUAAAAUUGAAGUGGAAAAGGGUAAGGACUAUGCAGCAGGCUCUCAAAGGCUUAUUUAUGCGGGAAAAAUUUUACUUGACGAAAACAAGAUAAGCUCAUAUAAUAUGGACGAAAAGAAGUUCAUUGUCAUUAUGGUAACUAAAUCUAAACCUUCCGAGAUACAGGCAUCUUCCACUUCUACCGCGGAGGCAGGAGAAAGUGCUUCGGUUGAAGUUGGUGAUAAUAAAGUGAAAAAUAUACCCGAAGAAACACCUAAACCAUCGACCCCUGCCGAGACUGAACGUACUCCAGAACCAAUCGCGCCUGUAAUAUCUGGUGAACUUGAUUUCGAAGCUACUGUACAAAGUAUCAUGGAUAUGGGGUACAAUAGACAACAAGUGGAACAAGCCUUACGUGCUUCUUUCAAUAACAGAGAACGGGCUGUAGAAUAUUUAAUUACGGGUAUUCCUGAAGAGCUCUUACUAGACCAGGUUGGAGAAGAAAUUUCAGAUGAGGAUCCAUUGGCUUUUUUACGAGAUCAACCACAAUUUCAACAAAUGCGAGCAGUAAUUCAACAAAAUCCAAAUUUGUUGAAUACAGUUCUUCAGCAAAUCGGACAAACAAACCCUGCACUUCUUCAAGUUAUUAGUCAACACCAACAAGCAUUUGUAAGAAUGCUCAAUGAACCUGCCAAUCCAACCUCUGGAAGUAUAGCUGCUGAAGAAAAUGUAUCAGAAAACCAACUUCCUCCACAACCACAAAACAUUAUUCAGGUUUCACCUCAAGACAAAGAAGCUAUUGAGCGAUUAAAAGCACUUGGCUUUCCAGAGCACAUGGUCAUCCAAGCUUAUUUUGCCUGUGAAAAAAAUGAAAAUCUUGCAGCAAACUUUCUAUUAUCACAGAAUUAUGAUGAU